CUUGAUUAGCUACUGCUUCAUUUUCGUAAACCGUAUCUUAGCUACAACUGAAAGAAAUAGCUAGAGAUCAGUAUUAGCCCAGCGCCAUGGUUUGUUUCCGGCUGUUCCCGUUCCUGCUCGGCACGGCCUUCGGCGUGUACGCGGCGCAAAACUACAAGGUCCCCAACCUCCGCCACCACGCCUGCCACGGCGUCGACACCGCCAAGCGCUACGAGGAGGAGUACCGCAAGAAGAAGUCUGACGACACCGGCGACGGAGCUGGAGGCAGGAAGACCAAGAAGGUGAUGGUGGAGAUUGACGACGACGAGCAGUAGCCAGCUAUAUAUGUCCAUCCAUCGAUCCGUCCAGUCCAGAUCAAGUACUUACUAAUAAGCUACCGCAUGUUGUAUGUUCAUUAGUUUCUGUUGUGUGUAUGGCCAUGGCGAGUGGUUUUGAAUUAUCAGUUGUAUCGCUAUACUGUAUAAGUGUUGACUGAAUAAUAAAGGAAUUGUUAAUUC